AUGGUCAUCAAUCACACAGGCGGCGAGAACUAUUCCCUCCCCGGGCCACUUCAGGAGGAGCCAGUUGCCAAAACCACAUACCGGCAAGAUCCAAUCGCGGUAGUUGGGCUAGCGAACCGUUUGCCGGGCCAUAGCACAAGUCCAAGCAAGCUCUGGGAGUUCCUCGAGCGUGGAGGUGUUGCCGCAAAUGACCCUCCCGCUUCACGAUGGAGUCUCCAAGGCCAUUACGACCGGUCGGGAAAGCCCCAUACCGUUCGAACACCGGGUGCCAUGUUCGUCGAAGACGUUGACCCGGCCGACUUUGACCCGGGCUUCUUCAACAUAUCGACUGCUGAUGCCAUCGCUAUUGACCCACAGCAACGGCAGCUACUCGAAGUGGUCUACGAGGCGAUGGAGAACGCCGGAUUGUCAUUAGAAUCUCUGAACGGAGCACCCUACGGCUGCUUUGUGGGAUCAUAUGCAGUUGAUUAUCAAGAUAUGCAAAUGCGUGAUCCUGAGGACCGAGUCGAUGGGAUGACGAUCGGAGUAGGCCGUGCAAUUUUGAGUAACCGCAUCAGUCACUUCCUGAACCUCAGUGGAGCUAGUAUGACUAUCGACACCGCAUGCUCGGGUAGUCUAGUCAGCGUUGAUGUUGCCUGUCGAUAUAUUCAAACUGGCCAGGUUGAAGGCGCAAUUGUGGCCGGAGCGAACCUCUACCUCAGCCCCGACCAAAAUCAAGAUAUGGGAGCUAUGCGUGCCGCCUCGUCAGCUAGCGGCCGCUGUCAUACAUUUGACGCAAAGGCAGAUGGAUACUGUAAAGGCGAGGCAAUCAACGCCGUCAUUCUCAAGAGACUCGAUGCAGCACUGCGGGAUGGUGAUCCUAUCCGCGCCGUCAUCCGCGGAACUGCGACAAAUAGCGAUGGCUGGACGCCGGGAAUUGCCAGUCCAAAUGGAGAGGCUCAAGUCUCGGCCAUGCGUGCCGCAUUCGCUGCCGCAAGCAUCACUAAUAUGAACGAGGUGGGAUAUCUGGAAGCACACGGAACAGGUACCUUAGCAGGUGACCCAAUCGAGGUCGCGGCUGCCGCUGCAGUCUUCGCUCCCACUCGGCCAGCAAACCAACCUUUGAUCAUUGGAUCAAUCAAGAGUAAUAUCGGACACUCUGAGCCUGCCGCUGGUGUAUCCGGAUUGAUCAAAGCUGUGCUGGCAGUGGAAAAGGGUGUUAUUCCAGGAAAUCCCACAUUCAUCGACCCAAACCCAAAGAUCGAUUUUGAGGGUCUCAAGGUCAAAGCGUCUCGUGUGAGUCUGCCCUGGCCGAAGGCUUUCGCUUCUCGAAUUGCUUCCGUAAAUUCUUUUGGUUAUGGCGGUUCCAAUGCACAUGUUGUGAUUCAAGAUGCCGCUUCCUUCUUGGGUCAUAAGCAGACUCCGCAUGUGUCCUCCUUUGCCAAGGUCGAUUCCUUCUUCGACGAUGAGGUGGAUCUGCCAAACACACGACCCCAGUUACUCACCUUUUCUGCAAAUGAUGACAUUUCGUUGAAGAAAUACAUUGCCGACCUUCAACGCCACCUCCUCGACCCCAGAGUCAAAGUUCAGUUAUCGGAUCUGGCUCAUACAUUGGCCCAGAGAAGUAGUCUCUUCACUCGUGGCUUCCUGCUCACCGAGAACUCCCAACUGAAUGAUUCCUCUCUGGUAACCGGAAAGAAAAGCCCCGAGAGGCCUCGUAUUGGCUUUGUGUUCACAGGUCAGGGUGCUCAAUGGUCUCAAAUGGGCAAAGGCAUAGUGGACCUAUUCCCACAAGCUAAGCAGGUUCUUGAGGCCUUGGACUCAGCACUACAGGGGUUGCCCCAGGCACCGACCUGGUCACUGCUAAAAGAGCUGGUGGAACCCAGAAGCCCAGAGCAUCUACGUCAACCUGAAUUUUCUCAGCCACUUGUGACUGCACUACAGCUGGUCUUGGUUAGUCUUCUUAAAUCCUGGGGCAUUAAACCCGAAAGUGUCGUCGGCCAUUCCUCCGGAGAGAUUGCCGCGGCAUGCGCCGCGGGUCUCUUGACUCCUGAAGAUGCGAUAAAGAUUGCCUUCUUCCGAGGCCAGGCUGCCAAAGAAUUGGCUGGAACGCAAACAGUUGAAGCAGGCGUCGGAAUGAUGGCUGUGGGUCUAGGCGCAGAAGAUGCCAUCAAAUACAUCGGUUCGAACUCCGACACUGUGCAAAUCGCCUGCUUUAAUAGCGGCUCUAGCGUGACGCUCUCCGGAAAGGUUGAGCACCUCAAUCAGAUCAAAGACCGACUCGAAAAAGAUGGCCAUUUUGCUCGUCUGCUACAGGUCAAUUUAGCCUAUCAUUCCAAGUAUAUGGCUGAGAUCGGUGAUCGAUACAUCUCUUUGCUACAGGCCCAUUGCGGGAAACCACUUACUGGCCCAUUCGCGGUGAAAAUGUUCUCGUCCGUCCUUGGCUCGCCGAUGUUGGGAGAGGCUGACCCAGAGUACUGGAAGACCAACAUGGUCUCUCCGGUGCGUUUCAACGAAGCAUGUAGCUCCAUGCUGUCGACUGGAGCAGCGGACUUCUUGAUUGAACUCGGUCCCAGCGGUGCUUUAGCGGGCCCCAUUUCACAAAUCAAAAAGUCACUAACAGGUGACGCUAGCAAUGCCACCUACGUUGCAGCGUCAAAGCGUGGUCCAACCUCGGCUCUGUCUUUGUUUGAUGUAGCUGGCCGGCUUUUCAUUGCCGGCGGCCCGUUAGACCUCAUUGCAGUCAACAAAAAUCCAUUUGACGCUCAGCGUCCGGCUCUGAUUGUUGAUUUGCCAAACUACGCGUGGAAUCACCAGACAAAGUACUGGUAUGAGUCUGAGGCCUCAAAGGAAUGGCGAUAUCGCCCGUUCCCUCACCAUGAUUUGCUCGGAAGUAAGAUUCUCAACUCGCCAUGGAGUGCACCCACCUUCCGCAAAACACUCGACCUCAGUGAUCUUCCGUGGCUUCUGGACCACAAGAUGGGCACCGAUAUCGUCUUCCCUGCUGCUGGAUUCUGUGCCAUGGCUAUCGAGGCUAUCUAUCAAUGCACGCAGAUGACCCAGCCAGUUGAGGGAGUCACUAGGGCAGACCAAUUACGUUAUCGACUUCGAAAUGUUAGGUUCGACAAAGCACUUGUUCUCGAGGAGGGGGUGCCAGCGAAACUCACUCUUACACUCUCCCCUCAUCCUGGAGCCAAGGAUUCCUGGUACGACUUCCGUGUUGCCUCGUCCAAGGACGGCAAUCGUAUUGAACACAGUCACGGCCUUAUCCGCACUGAGUCACACCCGACUGAGAUAGGAUCCGCUUCUGAUAUCCAACCCCUCCAGCAUCCUACCAAGGCAUCAAUUUGGUACAAGGCCCAAGAAGAUGCAGGAUAUGGCUUUGGCUCAUCUUUCCAGACUCACCAAGAGAUUGAGUCGGUAGUUGGUCAGCGCCAGAGUCGUUCCCAUGUGUCUCUCGAGUAUCCACCCUCGAAAUGGAGCCCCCAAUCUUUGUAUCCUUUGCACCCAGCUAGCAUUGAUGGAUGCUUCCAGACAGUUACACCGGCACUGGUUGCAGGCAAGCGCACAGCACUGGAUGCCGUACUGGUGCCUGCUAUCAUUGAUGACCUUAUCAUCAAUCCCAAUGAGCAAGCUCCAAAGGUUGGUUUGGCCAAUGCGACCUCAGAAUACACAGGCAAAGGUCGUCGCGAAGAGAACAAGAACUACUUCGCUUCUUCCUCGGUUUACGAUCCAAAGACCGGUGCUUUGCUGCUAAAACUGACUGGACUACAUUUCCACCGACUUGAAGCCAACCAGACUGUGCCUACUCAGACCUACAUUCGGUCGGCCUGGAAGCCUGACAUAACUUUCCUGACUUCUGCGCAAUUACAAGAAGUUCACUUGAAACAGGCUGCAACACGAAUUGAGUCCAUCAUCGACCUGGCCUCUCACAAGAAACCCACAUUGAGCGUGCUGGAGGUAAACUUAGCCCGAGAUGACGUUUCAAGCUGGUGGCUUCAGAGCCCCAAUCUCUCGGAGCGGGCAGCUUAUCGCCAAUAUCUCUUCGCUUCAUCCGAUCCCAACUCCUUGGUUGCGGUGCAAGAGCAGUAUCAAUCUGCAAAGUCCACAUCAUUUGACCUGCUUGACCUCACGCGAGAUGACCUUCCCCCACGGGAUGAUCGGUUCGAUUUGAUCUUGGUGAAACAUGACGUAAUUUACCCUGAAGUUUUGGCCACGAUCUCACGCAAUGCGAAAGCACUACUUGCAUCAGCAGGACAAGCUUUGAUCGUAGAGACUUUCCCGGUACGGGAAGCCCAGAACCUUGGUGCUAUCAAUGGACACACAUCCAUUGAGCAGAUCCCGACUAUUUUACGCGAGGCAGGCUUCCAGACUGUUGUCCCCAUCCCCAGUGGGUCUAUUCAAUGGGCAUAUCUCUGUCAGAAUUAUGAGGCUUCGACUGAACCCACUAGCCAAACGGUCCACUUGAUCCAAUUAGGGCCCGAGGACCAGACUGCAGGUGUCUAUGGCCCCAUUACAGACGCCCUUGCGGGUCGGGGCUGGAAGGUUGUUGAGCACGGAUCCUCUCUUCACAAUCUACCAUCGGGAGCCACAACAAUCGUUCUUGACGAACUAGUCUCACCCGUAUUGACAACUGUUCAAUCGGAGCAGUGGGAUGCUAUCAAGGAGCUUGUUCUCAGCAAACGGACUCCCCUUCUGUGGGUUACCAAAGGCUCUCAAUUUGAGGUCACUCAACCUGACAAUGCUCUGGUCCAUGGUUUGUUCCGUACAAUUCGUGCUGAAGACCCAAGCGUGCGCUUAACAACUCUUGACGUUGAAACGGCCGGGAGCUCCGCCACUUUUGCAGCCAUUCAUCAAGUUCUUGGCCGCGUCAGUUCACCAGAAGCUGACUCUCCUUUGGACAGCGAAUACGCAGAGCGUGGUGGAGUUCUCUAUGUCAGUCGACUUUUUGCAGAUGAUAAGGUGAAUGCAGUGCAGGUUGCCAAGAGCAGUGGUGCUGAGUUGCAGGUGAAGUCUCUUCAUGAUCUACCCACGACUACUAGGCUACGCGCUGAACGCCUGGGUACAUUGGAUGCGCUUCACUAUGGCCAAGUCGUUGCAGCAGAGCAACCUGUGCGCGAUGGCUGCGUUGAAGUCGAGAUUUAUGCUGCGGGUCUGAACUUCAAAGACGUGGCCGUCACCAUGGGCAUCGUUCCUGAGAAUGAGCACUUGCUGGGACUGGAAGGUGCAGGUGUUGUCCGCCGCGUGGGUAAAAAUGUGCAAUUCAAGGUUGGUGAUCGAGUUGUGGUCUUCGAGAAAGGCUGUUUUGCCAAUCGCAUCGAGGUGACCAAAGAACGCACCCAUCUGCUCCCUGAUUCCUUGUCAUUUGAGGACGCAGCCAGUUUGACUGGUGUCUACCUGACAUCGCUCUACUGUCUGUAUCACCUCGCUCAUCUACAGAGGGGGCAGAGCGUUUUGAUCCACUCUGCGGCGGGAGGUAUUGGUAUCUCAAGCAUUGAACUGGCCCAGUAUAAGGGGGCAGAGAUUUACGUCACUGUCGGCACGGAGGACAAGCGCAAUUUCCUUCAUGAAAAGUUCGGAAUCCCAUACGAACGCAUGUUCUCCUCGCGGACUACCCAAUUUUCCCGCGAGAUCCUAGCAGCCACUAACGGCAAGGGUAUCGAUGUUAUUCUGAACUCACUGACCGGGGAUCUUCUGGAUGAGUCCUGGCGCAUCUGCGCAGACGGCGGCAUUAUGGUUGAAAUUGGCAAGAAAGACGUUCUUGAUCGAAACAAGUUAUCAAUGGAGCCUUUCGAUCGAAAUUGUUCUUUCCGCGCCCUGGACUUUUCACACAAAUCGAUUUCAGAUGAUUUGAUUGCCAAUCUCCUACAUGAGAUCUUCGUCCUUUAUGAUGGAGGCCAUAUCCAUCCAGUUCAUCCCAUCAAAUCAUUCCCCUUCGACAACAUCCCUGCUGCUUUUGCAUACAUGCGAAGUGGUCGGCACAUCGGAAAGAUUGUGAUCUCCAGCAGUGAAACCGAUAAGGUCGAGGUUCCGGUGCGACCUGUGGCCCCGUCACUUCAGCUCAACCCCUCAGUCUCCUACCUGAUUGUCGGAGGGCUGCGAGGUCUUUGCGGCAGUCUUGCAAUCCAUAUGGCUGCUCAUGGCGCGAAACAUAUUAUCGCAUUGUCCCGCAGUGGUAUUGCCGACGAGCGUUCUCAGUCUAUUGUCAAGAGCUGUGCUGCGCUUGGAUGUAAUGUUUCCGGCGUCGCAGCUGAUGUUUCAGACACCGACGCUGUACUGAAAGUGUUCCAAACGGCCUCUGUCCCUAUAGGUGGAAUUAUUCAAGGUGCUAUGCUGCUCAGGGAUAAACCAUACGAGAUCAUGACAGUUAAGGAAUACCAUGAGACAAUUUCCAGCAAGGUCCAGGGAACCUGGAACCUCCACCAUGCAGCCCUGCAAUUGCAGCUUCCUCUUGAGUUUUUCACGUUACUUUCGAGUAUCUCGGGAGUGGUUGGCCAGAAAGGCCAAGCCAACUACGCUGCGGCCAAUGCAUUCCUCGAUGCAUUUGCAUUGUAUCGCCGAGCCCAGGGCCUACCUGCAAACUCAACCAACCUCGGUGUCAUUGAAGACGUCGGUUAUGUGGCAGAGCAGGGUGGCAUGCAACAGCACUUCGACAAGACUCUCUGGACGGGAAUCAACGAACGCACUCUGCAUGAAAUUCUUGAUCUCUCCAUCUGGCAACAGCAGACUCCGGCUUUGAAUCCUGCCAGUGCAGCACAGCUUGUAACUGGAAUUGCAGUUCCGUUACCACAGGAUGCCGAUCUAACACGAGAUGCCCGAUUCUCUUCCCUCCUCAUCCAGGCCGACGGAGAGACCCGUGAUAACGGUGCCGGAAAUGACACCAAUAAGGCCCUGCAGGCAUUCUUCCUUCUGUUGAAGUCUGGGGCUGAUGCGGCAGCGCUCCGCGCCACCUGUGUGGAGGUAGUGAAUGAGCGAUUUACGAAGAUGUUGCGCCUCAGUGAGCCGAUGGAGCCGGGCAAGUCCCUCAGUGCCUACGGGCUAGAUUCCCUAUCUGCGGUCGAGUUUAGAAACUGGCUCCGUAGUGAGCUGGGUGCUGAACUCUCAACCCUUGAGGUGACCAGCGCCAGUUCCCUGUUUGCUCUCUGUGAUAAGAUCAUCGCCAAACUCACCAAGUCUUGA